AUGGACCAACCCAGGCCAUCAGGGAUGGGCCCAGCCGUUCGGUUCAACGAGGGUCAAGCAUAUGACGUGCAUCUGGAGUUUUACCGGGAUAACGUUGACACGCAGAGGUCCGGCCACCGGGUGGCAACGCUUGUCCUUUUCCUCUCGGAUGUCCAAAAAGGCGGCGAAGUGAACUUCCCCCAGGGCAAGUCCGAGCACUCACAUUGGCCCUGGGACUCGUCCCUCUCUCCAUGUGCCCGCCAAGGCGUGUCAGUCCCACCAGUCAAAGGAGACGCACUGCUGUUUUUUCAAGUAACCGCAUCUGGUUACCACGACCCCUCUGCCGCCCGCCGAAACUGCCCGGUUCUCGAGGGCCCACCCAAGUGGACGGCAGAAAAAUCUAUCGCUAUCCAGAAGUACACUGCGCGGAGGGAUUUGAUUGGGUGCGUGGACGAGCAUCCGUUCUGCAAGAUUUGGGCGGCACAAGGGGAGUGCAAGGGGUAUAAUGAUUAUAUGAUUGGGAAUCAGGAGUCGUUUGGGUUCUGUAGAAAGUCGUGCAAAGCUUGUACCUAG